ACGUGCAAGUGAGCGUGCACGCGCGUUACAUUUGUGUGUGCAGCUCGUGCGAGGAGAAGGACAGGACAUGAGCGCACAUUGAGAGAGCGGCUCUUUUACUCGGCGUGAUCAUUUCACGCUUCCCCCCGAAGCCUUUUUUCCACCUAAAGCGUUUAGUUGCAGCUGACUGAGCACUUGCAGGGAGUGCAAUAGGGAGCGGAAGGGUCGAAUUAUUUCAACCUACAACUCGCCCCAAAAGUACUGUAGGACGAAAGAAAAAAAAAAGAGGGAGAGCCGAAAACAGUGCCAGAGAGUGAGGGAGACAGAGAGAGAGAGAUAGAGAGAGAGAGGGAGGGAGGGAGAGAGAGAGAGAGAGAGAGAGAGAGAGAGAGAGGGGAAGAGAGGGAGAGGGGGACACUGCGAAAAGUUUUUGUUCUUUUCCUUUUUUCUCCCUCCAUCGCCUCCCCCUGUUCUAACGGGGUAACAUGGACCAGGGGCCCAAGAGUCCUGCACUGCGGCUGGGGAGAGCAGGACAUGGUGGAGUGAACCAGCUCGGAGGUGUGUUUGUAAACGGCAGGCCCCUCCCUGAUGUAGUGCGACAGCGAAUAGUAGAACUCGCCCACCAAGGGGUUCGGCCCUGCGACAUCUCACGCCAGCUACGAGUCAGCCAUGGAUGUGUCAGCAAGAUACUGGGGAGGUACUAUGAAACGGGCAGUAUCCGCCCCGGGGUAAUCGGGGGAUCCAAACCAAAGGUUGCUACACCCAAAGUGGUCGACAAGAUCGCCGAUUACAAACGCCAAAACCCCACCAUGUUUGCCUGGGAGAUCCGGGACAGGCUCCUGGCCGAGAGAGUGUGUGACAACGACAGUGUCCCCAGCGUCAGCUCCAUCAACAGGAUCAUUCGGACUAAGGUUCAGCAGCAGCCGGGCCAAACGGGCUCAGUGUCGGCUCACAAUUUAGCGACGUCCGUGGCGGCCACACAGGUCUCAGCAGUGACCAGCGACUCGGCCGGCUCCUCGUACUCCAUCAGUGGCAUUCUGGGUAUCAGUUCAGCUGCUGAUGUAGGCAAGAGGAAGAGGGAUGAAGGCUUGCAGGAGUCACCGCUGGCCAACGGGCAUGGCCACAGUGGGCGGGACUUCCUCAGGAAGCAGAUGAGAGGGGAGCUGUUCUCGCCGCAGCAGAUCGAGGUAUUGGACCGCCUGUUUGACAGACAGCCAUCCUGUCCAAUCCAAUCCAGCUCUGACCUCUAUGUGAGCCCUGACUCUGGCAAGACGUCAGAUUAUUCGGCCAUGGCCUCACUAGCAGGCGGACUGGACGAGAUGAAGAACAGUUUGGCCAAUCCUGGUACAGGGGCAGAGUUAGGAGCCAGUGUUUCCGGUCCGCAGUCCUAUUCACUAGUUCCAGGUCGAGACAUAGCCAGCACCACUCUGCCAGGCUACCCUCCUCAUGUUCCUCCCACUGGACAGGGCAGCUAUUCCACCCCUUCCCUCACUGGCAUGGUACCUGGUGGAGAUUUUUCCGGAAGUCCAUAUUCCCAUCCUCAGUAUUCCACAUACAAUGAAUCGUGGAGAUUUCCUAACCCCAGUUUAUUAGUGUUUCAGCAGGAUUAUGGGUCUCUCCUGGGGACGGAAAUUGGCUGCUCCUCCAGUCUCUUCACCAGCCAGGCAGGACAGAUGCAAGGGUCACCGUACUACUACAGCGCGACAUCACGGGGGGCGGGCCCUGCAGCCACUGCAACAGCCUCCGCCUACGACCGCCACUGACCCCUCCUUCUGAGAGAAGAGGAGGAUGAGGAGAAGGAGACGAGGGAGGAAGGGAGGGAGGGAUGGAUAGCACCGUCACCGCUCAGUACAAGCCUGCCUACGCACGUAUUUCUGACGUCAGUGAAGUUUGAAUUUUCUUUGAUUGACACGCCAACAACUGCACUGCUGGGCUGCAACACAGACAUACUGCAUUGGUAUUACAUUACUGUGAUGAGCACAGGCAUGGCAAUAGUCUCAGAUUUGUAAGCAAGUAAAUUUGGACCCUCCCAUGACUUAUCAAGGCUUGGUAUCCCUAUCGUGUUUUUAACCAAUCAUCCACAAAUCCAAGAGGUCAGUGGACUAUGUGCGCAGCAGUGAUUGAAACUGUAAUCUGUAUUGUGAUCUUCUGGGUAAAAUGUUGUGUUUUCAGGUUGGGAAUAUUUUUGAUGAAAUUGUUUGAGCUGAUUAGACCAAAAUCACUUUUUCAAACAGUCUUUUUAUGACCUGACAUCAAUCAAUCAAUUUUCUAUGCCAUGCUACGGAGAAGUAAAGACAAUCCAACUCUCAUAACUUUGAAUGACCAAAAUCACCCAUGUCAUUAUCAUUCUAGUCUCUUUGCUGUAGAUUCAACACAUUUCCCCUGGGAUCACAAUGCUUAAUAAAUGGGAUACCCUAAUUUUCAAUGGGAGCGUUCAGUUUCACCAAUGUUUGCCAAGCCCCACCCACCUCUAUCACUGUCACUAUGCCUGUCAAGCUUUGUGUUCUCGCUCGGUACAUAUGCAGAAGUAAACAAAAACAGCUUAUUGACAGCUUUCUAGAGUUCAAGAGUUUAUCAGCUGCAGCUAGCAAGCUAAUUAAGCUAGCUAGCAUAUACUUUUUUACAUCCUCAAAUAGUAUGUUUUACUUUUUAACAUUACAAAAGAAAAGGCUUUUAGGAUGAGGACUUUCUUUGGCAAAUGUAAUUCUGUCGUGGGUGACAGUUGGGGCUGUAGAUCAUUAACCAUGUAGAUGGUUAAUUAUCUUGUAAGUAACAGGAGGUUACCACUGUAGGUAGUACCACAAAUGCUAACAUUUGUAGCUUUGAGUAAAUAAACAUAGUUUAAUCAAAUAUUACACUUAAUGAUUUUGGUUUCGGAAAGACUUAAAGACCCUUCAAACUCUUUAAAUGCUGAGUAUCGCUCUUACUACACCGCCAUGCACAUCACUUAAAAAUGUGGAGAAAUCCAAAGCUUGACAGGUCUGCCAUGCUUAGUUACACUUGCUAAGCUAUGAUGGGAUAAUUGACAUUUGCGGUGGGGUUUGGUGAGUCAAUUUCUGUGGUUGUAUUCACAUCCUAAUGUGUUUGCAGUUGUCCAACAGGGAAGUCUGUAUCCUCACAUCCAUACUUGCAUUUGAAGUGGUUUGAAUGCCACUGACCAAUGGAUAAAGCACAGCAUUAAAUCUGAGCCCUCUACUGUAAAUAGAACAGUGUUGAACAUGUUCACAUCAGACCAAAAUCAAAUCAACCAGGGAGUGUCAUUGAACAGGAAGGUGCUAUCCUACCUCCCCAGCCAAGAUUUAGUCCUGAUCAAGAGCUAUUUAUAAUGGAGGAGACACAGAGUAAUAUAUAAAGAAGCUUUUCUGCGCUGCACUCCGUGAUGAGAGUGAAUGCCUGUAAUGAUUUAUAAUAUGUGUCACGCUGUUGUGCUAGAAUAGUGAUGAUGAUGCUGAUGAUGACGACGAUGCAGUGAAAUAUGAAAUCUUAAAAACUUUCAA